CUUUAGUUUUGUUUAAUUUUACAAAAAGUAAAAUAAAAUGUCCACAGAGCCAUCGGCAGGUGGAGAAAAUGUGGGUUUCAAAAAAGCUGCUGGAUUUAAACGGGGAGGUGGGAGGAAACGUCCACAAAGAAGAGUUGUCGAGAAAAAUAAUUCGAGCUCCAGCAGUGAGGAAGAAUCGGCUGUAGUUCGAAAAGAGAAAAGACAAAUUCUAAACCAUAUGAAGCAGAGCACAAAUAAGAUGAAGAAAAAAGUGAAGUACAGCAGUAGCAGUUCAUCUGAAAGUGAUCAAAAGGCAAAAGCAAUCGCUGUGUUAUACAAAUCUACACAAUCUGCUAAAGCAAGUGGUCCAGAUGACAUGGGAGCUACCAAAAUUUUUGAGCUUGAUACUUCUAAAGAUAGAGAUGCACAAGCUGUGUUUGAAAGAGCACAGAAGCUGCAGGAGGAAUUAAAAUCUGGAGAAGCUGAUGACAAAGUUUACAGAGGAGCUGCUGGUUACAGAAAGUUCAUCAAACCUAAGGAUACUGCAUUGGGAAAUGCAUCAUCAGGAAUGGUAAGAAAAGGCCCCAUCCGUGCCCCAGAGCAUUUAAGAGCCACUGUCAGGUGGGAUUAUCAACCAGACAUCUGUAAAGAUUAUAAAGAAACAGGAUUUUGUGGAUUUGGAGAUUCCUGUAAAUUUCUCCACGAUCGAAGUGAUUACAAACAUGGCUGGCAAAUUGAACGCGAAUUAACUGAAGGAACUUAUGGAAGAAAUCAGGAGGAAAACUGGGAAGUUUCCGACAGUGAUGAUGAGCUACCUUUCAAAUGUUUUAUUUGCAGAAAAAGUUUUGUAGACCCGAUAUCAACAAGGUGUAAACAUUACUUCUGUGAGCAGUGUGCACUCAACCACUAUCGGAAAUCACGAAGAUGUUUUGUAUGCGGAGAACAAACAAAUGGUGUAUUUAAUCCAGCAAAGGAAAUUGUAAGCAAAAUGGAAAAUGAAAGCAAACAGUCACAAAUUGUUGAAGAUGGGGAUUGAAAAUUUAAAGUUUCCGGAAUAUUUCAGCAAAAAUGGAAGAACAGCAAUAUGCGUUCUGUUAAUAUCUAUCCGAUAUUACAUUUUCUACUAGAAAGAUACGAACCGUUUCGUUACAACUUCAAUAAAAAAUAAA